CUCCGUGCGGCGACGUGUCCCAGCAGCCAGGCGCUGCAUUGAGCAGAGCCUGGUCGCCCACCGAAGGGAGCGGGGGCCGCGCCUGGGGGAAGCUCUCCCUGCCUCGUUUGCAAGCCACUGCUAACGGGACCAGCAUGAUGAAGGGCUGUCAAAAUGAGUGCAUAGCUGGAGGAUGUGCAGGGGGAGCCACAAAGCAAGUGACUGAAUCUUUCAAGGCUGCAGACUUAAUUAUUAACCCAGCUACUACUUUCAAGGAUAAACCAGACCCCAGUGGUUUGGUGUUCGGAACUGUUUUCACGGACAACAUGCUGACAGUAGAAUGGUCUUUGGCUUCGGGAUGGGAGAAACCCCAGAUUAAGCCUCUUGAGAACCUUUCCUUACAUCCAGCCUCAUCAGCUCUCCACUAUGCUGUGGAACCAAGAGGACAGACAGAGGAGAAUCUGGUGCCAAUGCUGUGGCUCAAUGAAUACACACUGUUUGAAGGAAUGAAGGCUUAUCGAGGAGUGGAUGAUAAAAUCCGCCUGUUCCGCCCAAUGCUCAACAUGGACAGGAUGCUGCGGUCAGCGGUGCGAGCAACACUGCCAUGUUUUGACAAGGAGGAGCUAUUAGAGUGCAUUCGGAAGCUUGUAGAAGUGGAAAAGGACUGGGUCCCACACUCUACGUCUGCAAGCCUGUACAUCCGCCCUACUUUAAUUGGAACAGAGCCUUCCCUUGGAGUCAAGAAGCCAACUAAAGCUCUGCUGUAUGUUAUCCUGAGUCCUGUGGGUCCAUACUUUGCAAGCGGAAGCUUUAAUCCAAUAUCCUUAUGGGCAGAUCCCAAAUAUGUGAGAGCCUGGAAAGGAGGAACGGGGGACUGCAAAUUGGGAGGGAAUUAUGGUUCUUCUAUCUAUGCCCAACGUGAAGCUGUGGAAUUAGGGUGUCAGCAGGUUCUUUGGCUGUAUGGAGAGGAUCAUCAAAUCACUGAAGUUGGCACAAUGAAUCUUUUCCUGUACUGGGAAAACGAAGAUGGAGAAAAGGAAUUGGCAACCCCGCCACUAGAUGGCCUCAUUCUUCCUGGAGUGACGAGGCAAAGCAUCUUGGAGCUGGCACACCAGUGGGGAGAAUUUAAAGUGUCUGAGCGAUACAUCACCAUGAGUGAUCUGACAGCUGCUUUGGAAGAAAACAGAGUGAAGGAGAUGUUUGGUGCGGGGACAGCUUGUGUCGUAUGUCCUAUUUCUAAAAUAUUAUACAAAGGCAAGAAUUUGCACGUUCCAACUAUGGAGAAUGGACCGCAGUUAGCAACCCGCUUCCUGAAUCAGCUGACUGAUAUCCAAUACGGAAGAGAAGACAGCGAGUGGACACUCCUGGUGUCAUGAAGUGGAGGGGAUCGGACCUUCCAUACACUAUGCGACAGGCCAAACCGUUACACCAGAACAAUCACGAUUUUUCUGUAGCUGCCUGUUUAGAGCUGUGUGUACGGUAGUCAGUGUUGUCCCUUUCUUCCCCAGGGUGAUUGUUUCCACAUGCCAGGCAAUGUGAACACAAUCAUUAUGAGUUCUACUGUAGUCUUGCUAAUAGAAGUCUGUCUUCUUCUUAGAGGUGCUAGAUGUAAGCAAUAGAACUGUCCCAAUUCUUUUCUUGGUGCCUCCUUGUGUCUUAUGGGCAGUCCCAAAACUUGUCAAGUAUUCUUCAACUGCUCUUCAGCGUAAGCCUCAGUGUUUUUUCAACUGCCACCACUAUUGGGGCAGACUGCCAUAUAAAAAAUGUUGCCCAUUACUUAAGGGAACAGUCUCUAUCCCUUCAUCCUAUUUCGUUUAUGUCCUAGGACAAUGGAUAAUUUUUUCCGCCCUUCAGAGCCCGGCGACACCAGUCCUAAAUCAGCUUACAAGAACCAGCAAAGUGAUCUUUCCUCACCCACAGCUUUACCGUGCUCCCUGUCCUGGCUGGCCCACUUGUUUCUUAAUAUGAUCUUUCUGUUUUCUGAAAAGGCCGUGGCAGUGGGGCCAACUGUGAGACGGGCCCUAGGGCAAGGCAGGAAAGACCCUGAUCCAUGACCCCGGAAGGGGCAGGGCCUCAGGUGGAAGGGAGGGGCUGGGGCUAGGUAGCCUUAGUGCACCGGGAAAGCACCGACCCUCUCCCAGGCAGUCCUUGGUGCUGCCUGGACCACAUCAUAUAGCACUCCAGCAGCAAUUUAAAGGGGCUGGGACUCCAGCCACCACCACUGCCUCCCUGUAGUAACAACAGCAGAGGCCAGGAACUCUUGGCCCUUUUAUAUCAUCGGGUCCCAGGGCAAUUGCCCCCUUUGCUGCCCCACUCGCCAUCGGCAUGGGUUCAGUAUGGGUUCUCCUACAUCUUCCCCUGCUUGCCAGUGGAACAGUGCCCACACUGAUGAAUUUCGUUGACCCUUUGUCAUCUUCUAAUGCCACUAUUCCCCCUUUGUACACCAUUAGACUCAUGGAACACACUUUUGGUGUCACUUGGAGACAGAUACAGAGCUCAUAGUUAGGGAAAUUAAUCAUUAGGGAAAUAACUUCUGCACAUUUUCUUUUAGCUAUUAAGUAUGCUACCAUCCGCAUACGCUUUCUCAUUUAUGUGCACACUUUUCUCGCCUAGCUUUAAGAUACCGCUUGCCAACAAAGAAACUACAGUAUUCUGUAGCAAUCCUCCAAAAUGCUGAGAGCCUGAUUCUUCUGUUCCUCUGGCAUAAAACUGAUCUAGCUUCAUAGAUGUGGAGUUAAACCUGCAUAAAAUUAGUCUAACAGGAAGGCGUAUCAGACCCUCUAUUUUGCAAUAGCCAUACAGCAAGUGUUCUGGGAACUUACUAGUAUUUUUUAAUAAGGAGGGGGAAGUUUCUCUCCAACAAUUUCUAAUAGACACCACCUAUUGCAUACACUACAUGAGCAGACCCCUGUGUAAAUCACCAGAUUAAAUUAUCCUCAGGGUUUUCUUGUACAGUAUUUGGUCAAACAUUAACACUCAGUCUCUUCUAGGCCAUCCUUUUCUCCUGGUCCCUUGAGUGGUGGGUUAGACACAUCCUGCUGCAGUCUAUUCAGAAACCUUAAUGAAGAACAGUUGAAGGUUAUAGGUGACAAUUGUUCAGAGUCAGUGGUUGGACAGUGUUCUAUUUAGAAUAUACCUACAAGCACAACGUGUUGUUUUGUUCAUGGUAGCACUAGUACCGUGUAUCUCUUCUACUCACAGUUUGAAUCUGUACUAUGCUCUGGUCUCUGUCGAGUUUCUUGCAAUGUAUUGUAUUAUUGGUCUGGUGGAAAAAUGCAUGAGGGCUACGUUGAGAUAUGAUAUGGGGUAGAGGAGUUUUUCCAACAAGGCAAGUACCAUAACUGAAGAGUGCCUUUGACUGGAGUAUAUGUCAUGGAGCUUAUUACCAAGUUACGUAAUCAGUGAGACUAAAUGGCUUCCGAUUACUGAAUUGUAACCUGUUUCCUCAUGGUUAACUUAGAUAAUUGACAGCAAAAAUCUAGGUGGUUCUUUUUGACUGAGGUGCCUGGGGGAUGGGAUGUGCAACACCCAUACUUAUUAUGUAUAGUAUUAAGAGACGUUACACGUCAAAUUCCCCAUGGACAAUACUGACAGUAAUCUACUCACAAGUCAGAGUGAAGAAAUGAAGACCAGUUACAAUGAUUGAUUUAGAGUGGUUAACACCUUAAAGCAGCAUUUCUCAAACUGUGGGUCCCGACCCCAUGGGGGGGUCGCAAGCAACUUAGAGGGGGGUUGCGAGCAACUGAGAAGCUGGUUGCAGCAAUGGAGGGGGGGAGGGAGGCGCAGUAUCACAGGUUUGAGAACCCCUGCCUUAAAGAGGUAAGUGAAACUGUUCUUAAAUCAGACUACAGUUAUUUGAGGUGGGGUUGGACAUUGGCUUUAGUUGUUGUGGUCGACACUGACUCGUGGGGAGACCGGAGUUAGACCUUCUUUUAUCUCUUUAACUCAUAUACUGCUGAGACCUCAAAAAUGCAAGGGCUAAUGUAAGACAAAAUUAGAAGGUCCACAAAAAUGUGAACUAUUUCCCAAGGGGAAAAUAGUGAAACCAUGUUGUAUAUUCUCAGUCAGCUAGAGACGCCUCUGUGAAUACUUUUGCUUUUUCUUGGUAAAUUCAAACAGUCUUGGAUUAUUUUCAUUCAGGCUCUGAGUGAAUAGGUACCAGGUUUUAAACAUUAUAUCCUAAAUAAAAAGAACUAUCAGGACAUAA